AUGAACCACCACCGACACCAAUCAUACGCUCCGUCCUUCAUCCGCUCCGAGUCAAACCUCUUUCGUUCACACCCUCCGCCGUGUUCUUCGUCACUCCGUCCAACUGCCACGCCGUGUUCGUCGUCUACGUCGUCGUCCGUUCGUCGUUCACUGUCCAACUGCUUUCGUCCACAUCGUCCGCCGUCCACGUCGUCCUCCGUCCACGUCGUCCAAGUCAUCCAAAGAAUUGCUCAGAGCAAUUGCAUCAAUUGCUCAGAGCAAAGAAUUGUCUGCUCUAUGUCAAAAGAUUAUCCAUUUGAUACCGAAAAGACAACUUCAAAGCUCUAA